AUGUCAGACUACGAAGAUGAAAUGGACGUUGAUGCGCCUGCCGCUCAGCCUUCAAUCCAAUUCUCGUCAAAAUCAGAUGAGAAGGGCAAGAGAAGUGCUGCCAAUCUGCCCGUCGAGCUGCAAGACACACUACCAUGGGUGGAAAAGUACCGACCAAACACCCUCGACGACGUCUCAGGUCAUCAAGACAUCUUAGCAACCAUCAACAAGUUUGUCGACAGUAACAGACUCCCCCAUCUCCUCCUCUAUGGCCCUCCCGGUACCGGAAAGACGUCGACCGUCCUCGCACUUGCCCGUCGUAUCUAUGGAAACAAGAACAUGCGUCAGAUGGUCCUCGAACUCAACGCCUCAGAUGAUCGUGGUAUCGAUGUCGUCCGUGAGCAGAUCAAGACCUUCUCCAGCACAAAACAAAUCUUCACCUCGUUUGGUGACAAGGACAAUGGCAGCAGUCCGGCCAACUUCAAGCUUAUCAUUCUUGACGAGGCCGAUGCCAUGACCUCAACCGCUCAAAUGGCUUUGCGAAGAAUCAUGGAGAAAUACACUUCCAACACUCGUUUCUGCAUCAUCGCCAACUACACACACAAGCUGUCGCCUGCUCUGCUAUCACGUUGUACUCGCUUCCGCUUCUCGCCACUCAAAGAGCCUGAUAUUCGCCGUCUUGUUGACAUCGUCAUUGAAAAGGAAGACGUCAACAUUGCAGCUGAUGCUACUGACUCUCUUGUUACUCUGUCUAAGGGUGACAUGCGCCGCGCUCUCAAUGUUCUGCAAGCUUGCCACGCUUCAUCAACACCGCUCCAUCUACCAGGCCAAGCACCUGCCGAAGGUUCGAAGAUCGACCGUGACUUGAUCACGAACGAGACCAUCUUCGACUGCAUCGCCGCACCUCAUCCUGCUGACAUCGCAACCAUUCGCGACACACUACUCUCCAAUCCUGAUGUGACUUCGUGUCUAGCAACCAUCAACACACUCAAGGCAAACAAAGGUCUUGCCUUGGCCGACAUUCUGACUGCUCUAGGCGAAGAGCUUGCCAAUCUGGAGGUCCCUGCCCACACAAAGGUCUCUUGGCUACAAGGUUUGGCUGAGAUUGAGCACAGAUUGAGUGGUGGUGGCAGCGAGAACCUACAGACCGGUGGACUGGUCGGUACAGUCAGAAACGGUUGUGAAAUCAUGGAGAACGGCAAAUGA